CUUACUUCAAUGCCAUUUUUUUUCCCACUCAAUUACGCUCUCUGACCCCCUGCUCCUCUUCUUUUGUUUGCAUCUUCCCUUCCAAUCUCUUCCCUUCUCUCUCUCUCUCUCUCAUCUCUUCUUGGCAGGAAAAAAGUGACUUGGAAAAGAAAGCCACAUCUUUGACAUGAAAAGAGAGCAAUAACAAGUAAAAGAUUUGUAGCUUGGAGAAUCUCAAGAGAUAUUGCCUUGGAAGAUAACAUGAUGGAAGGAAUCAAAGGAGGAGGAAGGGUUGGUGUUGGUGAAGAAGAUAUGGGAGAUGGCAUGCAGUGCAGCGAUCAUCCUUAUAGAAACAACCCUGGUGGGAUCUGUGCAUUUUGCCUUCAAGAAAAGCUAGGGAAGUUGGUUUCUUCUUCUUUUCCUUUGCCUAUUCGUGGGUCAUCAUCAUCUUCUUCUUCUCCUUCUUUUAGAUCUGAUACUGGUGCCGUUGGUGCUAGUUGUGGCAAUGGUGUUGUUGGUACUUCUUCUACUUCUCUUUCUCUUUCUCUGUCUGUCCGUCCAACAUCAACAAAAAGUAGGAAUGAUAAUGGCAAUAAUAGUCAUUAUCAAGAAUAUUAUACAAGGCGGGCCAGGAUCCCCUUCCUUUUGGCAAAGAAGAAGAAGAAGAUCAUGGUGGCAUCAUCAGAUCAUCAUGCAGCUCCUGAUAUCGUUUUUAAGAGAAGCAAGUCCACUACAACUCCUAGGAGAGGCCGUUUCUUGGAUGCUUCUGUUGAUGAUCGUGAGGACUCUAGUCCCAGGAAGAGAGGUGGCUUCUGGUCAUUUCUUAAUCUUUCUUCCAAGUCCCAUAGUACCAAAAAACUAGAAAAAAUUGCUUCUUUAGCAGCACCGGCAGUAGCUGCAACAACAGCAACAACAACAAGACCAGCAGGAGCUGCAGCCACUAGUUCUGUUGUGAAGCCAAAGGAGAAAUGCUUGGGAUCAUCAUUGUCCAAGAGAGGAGGCAUUGUGGUCGUGGAGGAUGAUGAUAGUCCUAAUAGUCAAGCUACUCCCUCUGCGUCAUCAUUUGAGCGCAAGGUUUCAAGAUCCAGAUCUGUUGGUUGUGGAAGCAGGAGUUUCUCUGGUGAUUUCUUUGAAAGAAUCUCAACUGGGUUUGGAGAUUGCACUCUUAGAAGAGUGGAGUCACAAAGGGAAGGCAAACCAAAAGUUGCUGCCUCAUCAUCUGCAAUGAAAGAAAGGGUCAAGUGCGGUGGCAUUUUUGGUGGUUUCAUCAUGACCUCUUCUUCGUCAUCCUCAUCCUCAUCUUCUUACUGGGUAUCCUCCUCAGCUGAGGAUGUCAAUGGGAAAUCAACGGCCGGGACUCUUGUUCAUGGUAGGAGUAAGAGUUGGGGUUGGGCUUUUGCCAGCCCCAUGAGAGCUUUCAGCAAGCCUUCUUCUAAAGAUGGUAAGAGAGAUACCAUCAUUCGAGAAUCAAACAGCAAGAACACAACUCCCAAUCUGGCAGCAAUUCCUUCCUUGUUAGCUGUUAGAGGCUAAAGAGAAGAACUUGGUGGUAGCUCUUGAUUUCGGUUAAUACACAUUACAUUUGGUUACCUGCUUAUUUCUGUGUUUAUGAUCUUUCUUGGACUCCAUUCCAUUAGUAAUGUUACACUCUUUUUCUUUCUUAAUUUUUUUUUGUUUCUAUAUAUCUGCAAAUAAUUCUGUUUUUAGAUUAGUUGCCUGGUCCUUACCUUUGUUGGGUAACUGAGAUCAGCACUGAUGGAAUACUAGUAUCAGAACUCAGGUGAGUUUGGCAAAGUGAAACUGGUUCAAGGAGGAGAAAAUACUGGUCAAACAAAUUUAUGAUUAUCUGUUCACUUUGUGAUCUGCAGAAGUUUUCUGUUAAAAAAAAAUUGUAUUCUUUAAUCUUUGUAGUGUUUAUUUGUAAGUUGUACCUUAAUGUAAUGGCAAAGAAAAUGUGGGUUUUUAAUAUUC